AUGCCCUAUCAAGUUCUACCAGGUCUCGUAGUCAUCUCUCUCGCCUUCUCGCUUAUGGGUGUGGGUUUAGGUGCAGUCAAUAAGCGACAGGCUCAUAACAACAUGCAGAGCAAGUUGGAGCUUUUGACGGACUGGGACCGUAUGAUGGACGAACGGGACAGAAAACUAGCGGCGAAGAAGGCGGCAUUCAAUUCAAAGCAAUAG